AUGAUGCAAAGGAACUCUAAUAACAACAACAACAUCUCCAAUAACUCAUCGUCACAUCAAGCCUGCGCUUCAUGCAAACACCAAAGAAAGAAAUGCAACAACGAAUGCAUUUUAUCUCCUUAUUUUCCAGCUCGCAAGACCAAAGAGUUUCAGGCCGUUCACAAAGUGUUUGGUGUUAGUAACGUACAGAAAAUGGUUCGGACCGUACGUGAAGAGGACCGUACCAAGCUCUCUGAAUCUUUGACAUGGGAAGCUCUAUGGAGACAGAAAGAUCCCGUCCUUGGCUCAUACGGAGAGUAUAGGAGGAUCAGUGAAGAGCUCAAGCUCUACAAAAGCUUAGUUCAUAAUCAGCCUCUCAUUGGUUUCAAUAAUAAUAACCACAACAAAAAUGGAUUAGCGUUAAACUCAAGUGGACCAGAUGGGUUUAGUGUUAAUAACAAUGGUGUUGGUGUGAACCGGGACGUUAUCAACGGUGGAUAUAUAUCGAGGAAUUUGCAAGUUGGCUACGAAAAUUUAAGGCAAGAUCAAAGGCAACAAUGUUAUGCAGUGAUUAAUGGGUUUAAACAGCAUUAUCUCCCUUUAAGCAAUUGA